AUGUCUGGUAGCACCCCACGCACAUCACUCAGAGAGGGCUUGCGACAAGCUCCCAAGGUGAACCAGCCUUUUAUCCCAGACACAGCACCAGUACGACGGUCCCAUAUUCAUGCCAAUCAGUCCCCACAGCCGAUAGCCAUGUCUCACGCCAAUUCCAACUCGUCGGCCAACCCGAUGAGCCCUCAUAUGACGGGCGAUAACUGGGAUGACCAGAAGGUCCCGUUGUCGAUGCGCGAGGUAGCCACGCCAGGGAACAGACCCGGCUUGUUUAUGGAUCUUCCCGUGAGAACAAAAACAGCCAAGCUGCCAGAUUUCUACGAUCCUUAUUUCCCGCUCAAGUAUCUUGAGGUGCCCAAAUCGGACCAUAUCUACAAACGAGCCCAUUAUGGGUUACAAUCUGGAAUCCCCGAUGAGGUCGACUUCGCGUUAUAUCAUCUCGUUCAAAUAUCCAACCAGCGAUGGGAUAAAUUCAAGUUCGAAGGGUUCCCACUACUCGCCGAAACUUUGAUGGAGAAGGCUCUGGACGUCUCCGUCAUCUGCACUGGUGUCAAAUGGGACCUUCAGUACGACUUUCGGGAACCCACCGACCGUGUCAACGCGUUGAAUGCGCUGCAUGGUACGCGCGAUCUGCUAGACAAGAUUAAAAAGAUCCCAGUCACCUUGCCCCGAGAUACACUUGAGACAUACGAGUUCGACCACUGUCUUCGGAACGUGAAGGAGGCCACCCUCGUUUUGCGGAAUAUGGUCUUGCUGAGAGAGAAUGCAUUCUAUGUGUCCCGAUAUGCCAAGGGGCUCCUAAGAGACUUCCUCGUUAUCCUCAUCAACCUCCCAGAUCAGCCUCGCCUGAAUGAGAUUCGAAAUGACGCGCUGGACAUUGCAGAGGAGGUUACGAAGUACCUUCGAACCGACCCAGAGGACCCGCUCUGGAUCUCUCUCAUCAAAUGCCUCGACUCAGCCGAUCGUGCUCAUGUUGUCCGUGCACUCUGGGCACUUACUCAUUUCUCGACCGGGCUAGACGAACCCGAUGCCAACCAGGCGUUGGAGCGUACGCCAAAGGAGACUUUGAAACAACUGUACCUGCACACCCUCCUUGACGAUGAAGACAUCCUAAGCGGCGCUCUGGAUUUCUGGUACCAAUACACGUUGUCCCGCGAGAACAUUGAGAACAUGAUGGAUAUCUUCAACCUUGCUAUAGUCUUUGUACCACGAAUGAUCGCCCUGUUAACCCACAACGGAAGGCCUGGCAAGAAAGAAACCGUUUUGCAGGAGGAGAAAGUUGCGCCACCCCCAUCAGACAUUCCUCGUGUGCCUCCCGAGCUUCUCAAGGACCUCAUGGAGCUGUCGGAGCCCGAACGAAGCUCUCGCUGGCUGCGAUGCUGCUUCGUCGAGGACCCGGAGUGCGAGAUAACGCAGAUCGCCUUGUGGCAGGCUUAUCAAAGCCGCUUCGUAGACCCUCGAGUCCAAGGCGGUGGUGUCCUGCCAGCAGCGGAAUUCAUCAAAAACGUGAGCACGACGUUCACCAACGCCCAGGCCCAGGUGAUCAACGGGCCUGGUAACGCAACGCGGUUUAUCAUCAAGGGAAUCCGGCCAUUGGAGACAGCCCACUCGUUCCAGGGCUUUCCCUACAUCUACUGCAAAUGGACGGACAAUUCCAAGCCAUCCAAGACAUGUCAGCGCGCGUUUACUACGCCGUCGGAUCUCCGCAAUCACGUGUUCGGAGACCACAUGAAGCUGGCAACAACCGACACGCCUGGCCACUACAAUCUGGACAAAGCAGACUCGGCCGUCCAUACCUGCAUGUGGGACAACUGUACCAAGUUCAGAUCGUCCGGGCCUAGUGACAACACUGCCAUGGUCGCCGGCCACGUCUCAUCGCACUUGCCAGAGGAUCGUCCCGAGGGUGCGGAUGCGCCGGUCUCGAAGCGUGCGGUGUUGCAGGAGCGCAUCGUCCGCAAAUGGUUCUAUCUGGACACACCGGUCAGCGAGCACGGGGAGCCGGUUGGGGUGGCUUACAAGGCCUCCUUGGUGCUACGCAAUCUUGCCAAAAACCUCCCCAACGGCAUUGCUCCCAAUGCUGACGGCCUGCCCUGGAAGAAGGCUGUCUUCCUCAGCCACCGUCCGAAGAUCGUGGAGGUCUGGGACCGCAACCGGCCGCUUCGCAAAGAACUCACCGAGUUAAUCAUGACAAUCGAGAAGGAGGAUUACUACUGA